UGAUUCUCAUAUUAGUCUACUGUGAAACGCUAAAGAGCAAAUUCAUUCAAUUUGUGGGCGGGUUUUGUGAGUUUAUUCUUGUCCUCGGCAGUAGGCACAAAUCUUAAAUUAAUCCAGAAUUUGGUUCAUUUGUCAGGCGGAAAUCCUCAUCGUUCCUUCUUUUAGUAUAAUAAUCAUUAUCCACAAACAAUGACAAGAUUGAUUUUUAAUAUGCCUGUUUUGUACGCUUCUCUGUCAGUACUUAAGAGUUUUGUAGAGAGAGAGAGAGAGAGAGAGAGAGAGAGAGAGAGAGAGAGAGAGAGAGAUAGAGAGAGAGAUAGAGAGAGCAGAAGAGAGCAUGGAUAUGCAGGUAGGUUGCAGGUGGGGUGUUUUGUUACCUGUUGUAGCUAUGGUGACGGUGGAGUUCACAGACGUCGGCGUAACGACUGUAAGCAAAGCAGCGAUGUCAAGAGGAAUGAGCAGUUAUGUUUUUGUUGUUUACUCUAACGCCCUCGCUGCCAUCUUUCUCCUUCCUUGCUUCAUUUUACAAAAGAAGCCGGCCACUUCUCUUCCUCUUUCGCUCCUUUGCGGACUCUUCCUCCUUGGCCUAAUUGGGAGUUCGAGCUUGAUAUUAGCAUAUAAUGGCAUCAACUACAGCUCACCAACAGUUUCAUCAGCAAUGGGAAACCUCAUACCAAUUUUUACCUUCGCACUGGCAGUCAUUUUUAGGAUUGAAAAGCCGAAUUUAAGGAAAUCAAGCACUCGAGCCAAAUUGUUGGGCACUAUUGUAUCGGUAUCUGGUGCUUUCAUAGUGAUCCUUUAUAAGGGCUCGGCAAUCUUAAAGUUCCAGGGUUUAUCACCACCAAACUUUUCUUACCAGCACUUCGUGUCGCAGCGGACAAAUUGGGUCUUUGGGGGUUUUCUCCUUGCUCUGUCUUGUCUUUUGGCUGCAAUAUGGAACAUUGUGCAGGCACCCAUUGUAAACAACUUUCCAUCAAAGGAGACCAUAGUAUUCUUCUACAUCUUUUUCGUCACAAUCCAAACUACAAUAUAUUCCCUAAUUGUGGAAAGGAAUCCAAAUUCUUGGGUAUUAAGGCCCGACAUCGAGAUGAUCGCCAUUGUCUGCUCCGCUAUGUUUGGGAGUGUCUUUCGUACCGCUGUUCAUGUUUGGUGCUUGCAGCAAAACGGGCCAAUCUUUGUAACCAUGUUCAGGCCGUUGGGAGUUGCCAUUGCAGCUGCCAUGGUGGUCAUCUUCCUCGGCGAGUCACUUCACCUUGGCAGUGUAAUUGGAUCAAUCAUUAUUGCUAUUGGAUUUUAUGCUAUGAUAUGGGGACAAAUCAAAGAGCAUAAAAUCGCCAUGGAGAAUGAAGUCCACAGCUCGGCAUCAGCCACCCAACAGGCUCCACUUUUGCCGUGCAGAGUGGCGGAAGAUCAAUGACAAGGAAACUUGCAAAAAUUUGUUCAUGAAUAGGAUGAGAUAGAGGUCCCUUCGGGGAUAUCCAAUAAAAUUAGAACGAUACAGAGGAUAUGAUGAGAAAGAAAUGAGUCAAAUUUAUUUAGAGGUAAAAUGGGAUUUAAACUUGUAAAAGGUGUUAGGUGGAUACAAGAAGAGUGCUGAUAUAUCGAUCCCAAUGUUUUAUC